CAGAUCUGGAACGCUUUUACAUAGCAACGGAAAGGACUUGAAGAAAACUUUAGGAACAUACACAAUGUCUGGAGGUAAACCGUUGUCGAAAGCUGAUCUUAUUCAACUGGGAGAAUCAAGAGAGUCUUGGUGUGCGGUUGAAAUGAAAAAAGAACAAGACUGGUGUAGAAAACAGAGACAGCACUAUCCGCAACAAUUCAGCAGCACUGUGUUUGAGCAACAGAUACCUGGAUAUGAGCCUCGUUGUACCUUUGAAGUAGAUGCACCAACACACAGAGAGCGUAAACAUUUCCCUGAUAAAUAUGAAUGUCAACUGAAAAUCUAAAUAAACCAGUUAUUCUGCAACUGUGAGAAGGGAGACAAUUUUUUAUUAUUAAAUUCUGAAGAAGAAAAAGAUGUUUCUAUGGAAUAAUUACAAUUUCCUUUACUAUUAGAAAGCAUUGGUGUUGUAAAAUUAAUUUUAUGAUGGCUAUGCCUGUGAAAAUGAGAAUUUAACUUACAUUUAUCACGGCUGCAUUUGCAUCUUUAGAUGAUCAUGCAAUCAUACUUCGCGAAGUUCAUGUUAAUAGAAUGUUUCAUUAAUAAGUAAUUGCUUGUGUGUAUAGUAACAAAAUUUAAGGAGAAUCAAUUUGUUCUAGUUUGUCUUAUUCUAAGGAAGAAAGCAUUGAAAUUGUAUAUAUAAAAUAUAUAGCACCAGUAUUAUAAUGAUAUACAUUGUAGUUUUCUUUAUACCAAACAGUAUUACAUAUACAUUGCACUUUACACAAGAACUUUCAUAAUUUUUUAUUGAGUAUUGUUUCUAUAUUUCUGAUUUGUUGCUCACAAUAUCAAGUGUUAAUAAAUUAUAUAUUUACAUCCACUGAA